AUGCCCAUCUACGACAUAACCCAUUACCUUCCUAUCGAAACCCUCCCACCCCCCGAAACCGACAAAACCUACUACACCAAACCUAUCCUCGUGCUCACCGUCUCCCUCCGAAUAAACACCUGGAACAAAUAUCUGUCUCUGAUCCGCAAACUCCAGCGCGAGGCCCGCCUCCUCUGCGUCACAAACGUCUACGACCUGAACGAGCUGGUUGACGAGCACGCAGACGAGAUUGCUGGGUUUAUCGUCACUACCGGGGAGAUCAUGCUCGCGGACGAGUACGUUCCUGUCCUCCCUCCUCGCCACAGUGAAAAAAACACCAACAACCCAAUGUCAACCCCGUGCUCAAACACAAAUGGAAUUGAAAUCGAAGAAGGAAUGAUAGAAGGCCUCCCCACGCGCCUCGCAACCCUCCUCAAACACCCACCCGCGGCACACAACACCUACUCCCUCGUCUUCGCAUUCGAGUUCCCCCGCGCAGCAGCCAGAUAUCCCACUUCCUUUACGGCUUUUACGCAGGCUCACUUCGGGCUGAACUGGAGCAUCGCAGGGACAUCACGCCAGAGAGCAGCGAUGGAGCUUCAGCCACACAUUCCGGGGAUGUUAGCGGCGAGGACGUACCGCCGGUGGUUCCAUAUCCGGGGGGUGUUUCUGAGGGGUGUACCGCGACAGGAGAAAGUGUUGGUGAGCUGCGAAGAUGGAGAGGUUGAGUUUGGGGAGGGGGAGAGGAUGAAUCGGUGGACGCUUUGGCAUCGGAGGCCGUGGAUUGAGACGCCGGAUACGGUUGUUGGAGAGUGGGAUGAGAUUCAGAGUGAGACUGAGGGAGUGGGGGAUGGGGAGGAGGAGGAAGAGGGAUAUCUGGGUGAUAGUGAGGAGGUCGGUGACGAAGAUGAUGAAGAGGGAGACCGAGAGGAUGAGGAGCUUCGUGCAGACUGCCCCGUUGCCAUCCACGAGGUCAAAACCGCGAACGGAACUGAAACUGAAGAGCUAGGAGGAAGCUACGUUGCCUUUGUCGGUCACCUGGAAGACAGCCGCUCGAUGGCCUCGUUGAUACUAGGGAUCUGCGGUGUCGAGAUGGACGAUUCUGAAUAG